AUGCCUUCAAAGUUCGCUCAAGCUCUUCAGGUUCUAUCCAGAGCCCUUGGCCCUAUGCCAAAGUAUCAGUUCACUCCAGGGAACGAUGAUACUUCCAAGGAAACUGGCUUACUCCAGGACUUAGAGCACUUGGGUAUUGACGACUACAAAACACUCAAAGACGUAUUGGACGCCACCGUUUCAGGUGAACAGGACGAUGACACGCUCUUGCAAGAGCGCAUUGUCACAUUGUUAGCAAAACUUCCUCCGAAUUCCCGCGAGGGUAGAGAAGCAACCGAUGCUUUCAUCAACAACCUCUGGGACGCACUGGAGCAUCCUCCCGCUCAGCUGAAAACUGAAAAGUCUCGCUAUCGCGAAGCAGAUGGCUCAUACAACAAUCUCAACAACCCUUCUAUGGGAGCUUCCAACACGCGUUAUGCUCGAACCACACCUGCAAAGGUCUUCCAAGGGCCAAACCUGCCAGACGCGGGGCUCAUUUUUGAUAGCCUCAUGGAUAGAGGAGAUGGAACCAAGUUUCGUGAACACCCAAAUAAAAUCUCGAGCAUGUUGUUCUACGUGGCGACAAUUAUUACUCAUGACAUAAUGCAGACUGAUACGCGAGAUCAAAACAUCGACUUGACUUCGUCAUAUCUUGACCUAUCGCCUCUGUAUGGGAGAAACGCCGAAGAGCAGAAAGCCAUGCGCACAUUCAAGAAUGGACUACUUAAGUCAGAUUGCUUCUCGUCUAGAAACCUACUUGGCUUCCCCCCGGGAGUAGGGGUAUUCUUGAUUAUGUUCAAUCGCUUCCACAAUUAUGUUGUAACUCAACUUGCGCUGAUCAACGAAGCAGGCCGCUUCACCAAGCCAGCACCCGCACAUGAUGGCGGUGACCUCGAGGCCUGGGAGAAAUACGACAACGACCUGUUCCAAACCGGACGACUCAUUACAUGCGGUUUGUACGUCAACAUAAUCCUUAAGGACUACGUGCGAACAAUCCUAAACGUGAACCGCUCCAAUUCAACCUGGGAUCUCGACCCUCGGACACAGGAAACCCAAAGUUUAUUCAAUAGUAAACCAGCUCCCGAGGCUACUGGGAACCAAGUUUCUGUUGAGUUCAAUCUCAUAUAUCGAUGGCAUAGCGCGCUGUCGAGACGCGAUGAGAAAUGGCUAGACGAAGAGUUUCGGAAACAGCUCGGAGGCAUCGAUCCCGCGAAAUCCGGCGUUGGCGAAGUAUUAGGAGCUUUGGCGAGAUACCGGCGCGGUAUUCCUGAUGAUCCGGUAAAACGAGACUUCAACGACCUGCAUAGGGGCGACGAUGGUACCUACUCCGAUGACGACCUUGUCGACAUCCUGACAACUUCGAUUGAAGAUGUCGCGGGCGCAUUUGGAGCCAAUCAAGUUCCAAGUGCUCUGCGAGUGAUCGAAAUUCUCGGGAUCACACAGGCGAGAGAAUGGCACGUAGCCACGCUAAAUGAAUUCCGUCAUCAUUUUGGAUUGAAGAAGCACGAUACUUUCGAGGAUAUCAAUCCAGACCCUACGGUCGCUAAGAAGUUGAUGACGCUUUAUGACUCGCCUGACUCCGUUGAGCUAUAUCCGGGUCUUGUGUCUGAAAAGCCUAAGCCGCCGAUGCCCGGUAGUGGACUCUGUGUCAAUGUCACAACUAGUCGGGCUAUUCUUUCUGAUGCCGUAGCUCUAGUUCGUGGUGAUCGCUUCUAUACUACUGACUAUACGCCGACGAACUUGACCAAUUGGGGAUAUAACGAGGCCAAUUUCGAUUUAAAAGUCGACCAAGGGCAGGUUAUGCACAAGCUCAUAUUCCGGGCAUUUCCAUUCCACUUCGCAAACAACAGCAUCCAAGCACACUUCCCUUUCGUCGUCCCCUCAGAGAACAAAACCAUCCACGAUGGUUUGGGUACAUCUGAGUUAUAUUCAUGGGAGAAACCAACCAGACAGCUAGACCCCGUGGUUAUCAAAUCUCACAAAGCCGUCAGUCAAGUCCUAAGUAAUAACAAAGACUUCUACGUCCCCUGGGGCGAGAGUAUUUCUUACCUCGUCAGCCCACCAGGAAAAACUUUCGCAAAGGACUUCUGUCUAGCAGGCGACGGCACCGCUAAUCACGAGAGCCGCAGCCAUGUCGACAGAUGUCUCUACCAACCCCAGGACUGGGAAGUGGAAAUCAAGAAUUUCUUCCAUGAGACUACGAAGAAUCUAUUGAAAAAAGCUAGUUGUGAAUUACCUCCUGACCCGACCGCCACACCAAAAGCAGCGAAAGAAUUCGAAGUUGAUAUCGUUCGCGAUGUCAUAGUACCUCUGAACACACGCUUCGUCGCUGAAUUCUUCGGCCUACCAAUCAAAACCGCGGAAACUUCGCCUCACGGUGUAUACAUGGAGCAAGAGCUAUACGGACUACUAACCGCCAUGUUCUCGGCCGUCUUUUUCGAUAGUGAUCCUGCCAAUUCCUUUAAGCUAAGAACUUUGUCGCGCGAGGGUGCUUUAGGUCUGGAGAACCUCGUCCGACUUGAAGCCGAGGCCAAUGCGAAACUUGGUUGGGUUACUAGUGUUGCCGCUCGCCUAGGUUUCGGAAAAGGCAAAUCUCAUGACAUUACGAAAGAGGGUGAGCAGUAUUGGCCGACACUUCCACAUUACGGGCGGCAACUGCUUUCGCGGAUGAUAGAGAAGGGGAGGACGAUUGAAGAUUGCAUUGCUGGAACUGUUAUGCCGAUUUGUGCUGCUGGAGCGACAAUCAUGUCCGGCCUACUCUCGCAAUGCCUAGACUACUUCCUAGGGACCGGAAGUCAACAUCUUCCCGAGCUAUACCGACUAGCCCAAGAGAACACCCCCGAAGCCGACGAAAUCCUAAUGCACUAUAUGCUAGAAGGCAUCCGCCUCCGCGGCACCGUCGUCGUCGCACGCACCAUAUCCCCUACCAGCCCCGCGCAAAAAAUCACCGACGACACCCCGUGCCUCGCAAACCCAUCCGACCCAACCAACCCCUCCCCAAUCCCCAACCCAUCCCCCUCCCGCGAAGCCUCAGCCCGCACGUACACCCUAACCCCCAAUCAACGCGCAAUAAUCGACCUAGUAACCGCCUCCCAUGACUUCCUUUCCUUUCCCGACCCCGAAGUUCUCCGUCUCGAUCGUCCGUUAUCCACAUACCUAGCCUGGGGUCUCGGCCCGCAUAAAUGCCUCGGGGAGAACAUUACACGAGUUGCCCUACUUGCCUCUUUUAAAAUAAUAAUUGGGUUGUCUGGGCUCAAAAGAGCGCCUGGACCACGAGGCGAGUGUAAAAGUCUAGAAUUUAAAGAAUGGCGCGGCCAAGCCGGUCGUAGCGCGGUGAAGGGAGGCGGGGAGGAAUGGACUGGUUUAAGGGCUUAUAUGACGCCGGACCAGAGCGCUUUUGCGCCUGUGCCGACGACUAUGCGGGUUAGAUGGGAUAAGGAGAUUAAGGGAAGACGAGAUGGGGGUUGGGUUAAAAUUGGUAAUAAGUAA